CAAAAGGCCAUGACCUCUCAGUCCCUCGACUCAAAAUCAAGCUUCCCUUGAAACGCCGCCCAUCUGAUCCAUCCCCCUCCAUGUCCCCAUCCGGUUACUUCCAACAUCUCCGACGAUGUUGAGAGGACUGCUGGUCCUCCUAUUCGUCUCGAUAGGGGUCUACGCAGACCAUGCCCCCUACGAUCGAUCACCCGCCUUCGAGAACGGCACUUUAGGCCCGUGGCCGACCGAAGCAUACCGGUCCGCCCCGGUCAUCGGUCCAGCUCUCAACCAGCUGCAAUACGACCCCCGGUGUCGCGAUGGACGGUCGAUUUUGUUGGCCCCGCGGGGCUCCAGUGUCCGGAGCCCAGGUCCCAUGAUCCUUGAUCAGGAUGGGCAUCUCGCGUGGACGAGGAAUUAUGGGCUCACGGGGAAGAAUACCUACAAUGUGAAUGUCUAUCCCUUCCGGGAUCAGGCGUAUCUGACAUUCUGGGUGGGCGAUGACCGCAGUGGGAAGGGGGAAUACUAUUUGCUCAAUUCCUCCUACCUCGAAGAAUACAGAGUCCGCGGCGCCAACAACCUCACCGCGGAUCGAAACGAGUUUCAAAUCACCCCCGACGGAACCGCCAUUCUCACGGUUGUCGAUAUACAUGAGCUGCCUGAAUUUGGCUGGAUCCGCGACGGGACCUUCCACGAGGUCGAAGUCGCUACUGGAUCUCCACGCUUCCAAUGGCGCGCAUCGGAGCACGUCGAACCGGUCGGUCCUCGCAACGACCAGACGUCCACAGAAAGUCCGCUGGAUCCCUUCCACGUAAGUAGCGUCGAUAAGGACACCAAGGGAAACUACCUCGUCUCCCUGCAGUCGGCCAACAGCCUCGUUUAUGUCGACGGGCGCACAGGGAAGAUUAUCUGGACUCUUGGAGGAGGACAGGAUGUCAACGACUUUGAGGAUCUGUCGGAAGGCGCAGCGACAAGCUUCUUCGCUCAGAGUCACGCCCACUUUGUGGAUACCAGCUCUGGCAGUUCCAUCGCUCUUUUCGAUAACCACGUGGACGGCAGUGCGUCCUCGAGCAGCAGGGCGCUCUACCUCGACAUCGACCAGGAGAAAAUGACGGUUCGGCUUCGCAAAGAGUACCAUCCAAGCAAGCCCGGUCCGGUGACUCUCUCGGGAGGUUCUGUCCAGCUCCUCGAAGAGUACGACCGCGUUCUCGUCAGCUACGGCGCCGGCGCCGGCCCAGCUGGAUGGACCGAACACGAUGUCUCGACAGGCGAAGUGCUCUGCAACGUACACUUUGCACCCGCAUUCACCUCCAGCGGUGCAGACGCCAGUAUAGAAGCGCCAUCGAUUGCCCUGGACCGCGUCCUCCGUCACCACUGGACCGGCUAUCCACUGACACGGCCCGACCUCGCACUCUCCGGCCCGGAAGCGACCGUCAGCUGGAAUGGCGCGACAGAGGUAACCACAUGGGUAGUCCAAGGAUGGAAUGCCAACAAUGAGACCACCGCGCGGGCCGUCAACGGCGCGACCCUCGACGCCGGCGACAAGGAGCUCGGCUUUGUCACCGCAGUUCCCAAAACAGGCUUCGAGACCAUCAUCCCCAUACCAUUCUCCAACACCACAUACCCACCCCCCGAGGAACAGCUCUACCGCUUCCGCUACCUCCGCGUCCUCGGCAUCAACGCCACAGGCCACACCCUAGGCUCCACAAAACUCGUCCACUGGGACCCCCAAUCCCCAGAAACCACCUUGACCCCCGGCGGAGAGCUCACCUACGCCGAGCUCGCCGAAAAGGGCGGCCGGGACCAAAUCCCCACUGACCCGUCCUCAUCCUCAAUGAAAGCGCUCGAACGAUUCGCCUUCUUCGCACUGGGUUUUCUAACCGCCUGCAUCUCCGUCAUCUUCAUCUGGCUCCUCCUCACCCGGCGCUUCGUGCCGCUCCUCGCCUUCGCCAUCUCCUUCUGCGUCGAGAGGAUCUACAACCGCGCGUGCGGUGGCUGGGCCGUCGUCGACGGGUACAACGACGACGAGGACCUCACCGAUGAGGAGAGUCCCGCUGACGACGCGACGCAGUUCGAGCUGCUGGGGAAUCCGCGCUUGGCGUCGCUGGGCAGUUUCCGGCCGGGCGAGUUCGGGCGAGACUAUUAUGACAAUGAUGAUGAUAGCGAUAGCGACGAUGAUAUUGUUUGAUGGGCUGAAACUAAGCCUAGAGACAUUAUGUGGUGGAUGUAAUGCUUAAUUGGGCUGUAU